AUGCCCACAGUGGACGACAUUCUAGAGCACAUCGGGGAGUUCCACUUUUUCCAGAAACAAAUCUUUUUCUUCUUGUCCCUGUUCUCGGCCUCCUUCGCCCCCAUCUACGUGGGCAUCGUCUUCCUGGGCUUCACCCCCGACCACCACUGCCGGAGCCCCGGGGUGGCCGAGCUCAGCAGGCGGUGUGGCUGGACCCGCGACCAGGAGCUGAACUACACGCUGCCCGGGCUGGGGGCCGAGGGCGACGCCUUCACCCGCCAGUGCCGCAUGUUCCAGGUGGACUGGAACCAGAGCGCCCUGGGCUGCGUGGACCCGCUGGCCGACCUGGCCGCCAACAGGAGCCACCUGCCGCUGGGCCCAUGUGAGCAUGGCUGGGUGUACGACACACCCGGCUCCUCCAUCGUCACCGAGUUUAACCUCGUGUGCGCCAACUCCUGGAUGCUGGAUCUGUUUCAGUCGGCAGUGAACGUGGGAUUUUUUGUCGGGUCUGUAGGGAUUGGCUACAUAGCAGACAGGUUUGGCCGGAAGCUCUGCCUCUUAAUUACAAUCCUCAUCAACGCCACAGCUGGAGUUCUCAUGGCCAUCUCGCCCACCUACACCUGGAUGCUCACCUUCCGCCUGAUCCAAGGGCUAGUCAGCAAGGCAGGCUGGCUCGUCAGCUACAUCCUGAUUACAGAAUUUGUCGGGCUGAGCUACCGGAGAACAGUGGGCAUUUUAUACCAAGUUACCUUCACUAUUGGACUCCUGCUGCUCACUGGGGUGGCGUAUGCACUUCCUCAGUGGAGGUGGCUGCAGUUCACAGUUUCUCUGCCCAACUUCUGCUUCUUGCUCUAUUACUGGUGUGUCCCCGAGUCUCCAAGAUGGCUAAUUGCCCAGAACAAAAAUGCCAAGGCCAUGAAGAUCAUCAAGCACAUAGCAAAGAAAAAUGGAAAACCCCUGCCUGCUUCAUUUCAGAACCUCAGACCUGACGAGGAAGUUGGUGCGAAACUGAAUCCUUCAUUUCUUGACUUGGUCAGAACCCCUCAGAUAAGGAAACACACUUUGAUCUUGAUGUACAACUGGUUCACGAGCUCUGUUCUCUACCAGGGCCUCAUCAUGCACAUGGGCCUCGCAGGGAGCAAUAUCUACCUGGACUUCUUCUACUCUGCCCUGGUUGAGUUCCCAGCCGCCUUCAUCAUCAUCCUCUCCAUUGAUCGUAUCGGCCGCCGAUAUCCUUGGGCCGGGUCAAACAUAGUGGCAGGGGCAGCCUGCCUGGCCUCAGUUUUCAUCCCCGAUGACCUACACUGGCUGAAAAUUACCACUGCGUGCCUGGGUCGAAUGGGGAUUACAAUGGCCUAUGAAAUGGUUUGUCUGGUCAAUGCAGAAUUGUACCCCACAUUCAUCAGGAACCUUGGUGUCCUCGUCUGUUCCUCAAUGUGUGACAUUGGCGGCAUCUUGACACCAUUCCUGGUUUAUCGGCUCACCGAUGUCUGGCAUGAACUCCCACUGAUUGUUUUUGGGGUGGUUGGCUUGAUCGCUGGAGUGCUGGUGUUGCUGUUACCAGAGACCAAAGGAAAAGCUUUACCUGAGACUAUAGAGGAAGUGGAAAACAUGCAAAGGUAG